AUGAGGAUCCCGCUGUACGCGACGCUCCUGUGCCUGCUAUGCGGGCUAGCGAAAUGCCGGAAAGGCCUAAACUUCGAUCAAAUAAUAAAAUACCUAAAGGAAACCAAAAUUAUCCCUGAAAAUAUUCCAGACGCGUUGGAAGAGGCCAUACAAAUAGUGCCCCCAUAUCUUAUAUAUAAGUACAAAGGAAAGAUAUACUACCUACACAAUAAUGUAGAUAUUACUCCCGUAGAUGAGAGAAAAACUGAUCCCGUUUUCCCCCUCCAAGAGAAUGAGUUAGAAGCCGUAAAUCCAGUGGAGUGUCACCCCAUAGUACCAGGAAGCGAUAGCGCAGGAUAUGCUCAACCACCACAAAGUGCCCCUGCAGGCACGGAAACACAUACCAUACAAAUGGUUAUGGAUGAAGACACAGGCAUUAUGAUACCUACAAACACUAAUGUGAUUAUAGAAAAGGAAAAACACACCACAGAAGUAUUCAACAUCCCCACAGAUGUACAAUGGACCAGCGAAGAAAAGGAAAAAAAUACAAAUGUCUUCCUAUUUGGAGGAGAAAACAGUACAGUAUAUAAAGUGACAGAAAUUAUUCAGUAUAAAGAAAACCAAGAUAUGUGUAAAAAUAUUGAAAUGGGUUAUGAAAGAUUCUACAAUAAAUCUCCCUCAUAUGAGGAUGAAUUAGGACAAAUGUCUGAGGGAAAAACUCCAAAAAUUGUGCACAACGUAGAUAUGAAGGAUUACUCCUCCUUCCUAACCGCCUUACAUAUACUGUUUAGGAAAGACGAAGAAAUAGGACUUGAAAAAAUUUACAAAAUAAAUAACGUCCCCAAGACAGAUCUGCAACUAUUCGUUAAACAGGCUUACAAAAAUAUUCAUGAUACCUUGAAGAAUUAUAUUGCUGUUUCUGGGUUCAGCUUCUACGAUUACAGUUACGAUGUAGGUUCCUUCUCCUUAGAUGUAUUCAUGAAUGACUUUUUUUUCCUGUCUAAUAAUAAUUACAAGGACAGGGGCACUUUUAAAAAUGUCACCUCCAGCAUCAAGUAUGCAUCUACUGCGAAAGACAAAUUAAGUGUCUACAAAAUAGAAAAAGCCAUUAAGGAUUUUCUGGCAGAAUCAAAUUUACGGGUUCUAGAUCUUAAAUUAAUACAUCAUCUCUUUUCCAGAAAUUUUAUCCUCAACUGUACUGAAAAUGAUAUAAUCGAUUUCGUCACCAACCUUGUAAAUAUCACAGGGGUAGACAUCUCCCCACGGAUCGGAGCUACCAUCUUUGCUUACCUUCUGCAAAAGGUUAAUAUAUUCCUCAUGCCAAAUUAUCCCACAAAAACGAAAAAUAGCUACCUGCUCUUUAUGGAAAACAACGAUUUGCUAUUCACCGUGGAGUCCAUCUAUCGAGACAUCCUUAAAAAUUUCUACCGCAUUAACAGCUCCCAGGGAGAUCUACCAAAUGCUCAGAAUGUAGACAAUGUCCUUUCCAUUACCCCAUGGGUUCAGAAAAUUUAUCCCAAUUUUGAAAGUACUUACGAUUUCUUAAGCAUGAAAUAUGGACUCGCUCUCUUCUACAAUACCUACCACAUGGUGGUUAACUUUUUCCAAGGAGAUACAAAAAUGAAGCAGAUUCUACUCGAACAUAAGGAUUCUAAAAAGGUGGACACGCUCGACAAAUUUCUCAACGAAGUUUUGGCGCUCUUCCCCGUCGGUUCGGGUACCUCUUCUAGUUGGCCCUCGUCCCUCUUAUCCAUGGCCCAAGUGGACGAGAAAAAAAAAACACGCGGCCGCGUCCUCAGCGAAGAUAUCGUGGUAAGCGGAGGAGACAACGAAGAGGAGGACGAUGAUGAUGACGACGUACCAGAUGACGAGGAAGAUGAAGACUCCAAGGAAGAGAAGGAAGCACAGGAAGAAACCAGCGCUGAUGAAAACCACGCAGAUGUAUACGCACGGGAAAAACACAAAUAUAAUGAACUGAGACAAAUUGUAGAAACGGAACUCAUAAAAGAAAGAACGGAAUAUGCACAAAAGAAGAAAGAAGAAGAGGAAAGGAUAAAGAAAGAGGAACAAGACAAAAUUGAAGAAACGGAUAAGAAACACGAAUUGGAGACCCAGAAAUUGGAAGCGGAAGAAGAAAGAACGGAACCAGAUGACGAUGCUAAAUUUGAAAGGGAUUAUGAAGCAGGGCGUGAAGAAGAAAGGGCAUAUGCAAGACAAAGUAGAGAAAGAGACAUACAAAGUGGAAUCAUUAGAGGACCCCCACCAAAGAAUGAAACCCCAGAAUCAUUCUACUACAGCACCUCUCUUAACGAAUUACAUGAUCAAAUGAAAAGGGUCUAUGAAAAACAGGUAGAUUCUGGUUUCCAAAUAGUAGCAGAGAUUGAAGGCAAAAUGAACCAGGUGUUCAGUGCCUUGGAGGAUGAAGGGAUACCUGAUUAUCCUAAGCUCAAGGACAGAGCAAUAAAAGAGAAUGAGAAGCUGUUUGAAGAGUUAAGUGCAAAAGUCAAGGACCAAGAAAGUAGGAAGAAAAACAUCCUCGAAUAUAAAUCCGAUUUUGAUGCACACCUCGAUAAACUCAUGGCCAAAAAUGAAGACGGCCAAUAUACCAUCACCUCAGGACUGAUCAUGCAAAAUUUCAAGCAGUACCAAGAGGAUCUCAUGGAUCAAUGUGCAAGAGGAUUUUACGGGAAAUUUAGAAAAUCCCUUGGAAAAAGGCAAAAGACCAUGUUGAAAAAAUUUAGAGAAGCCCUCAAAUAUUCUAUAAGAAUCAUGCAGGAUCUAGCACCCAGUUACGAUGAACCAACAUACACAAAAACAUUCACAGAUAUUUAUUUGACCAAAAAGGAGACUUACAAAAAAGAGUACGCUAAGGCCAGGAGACUUAUUUCUAAAAGCAUGGACAAAACGUUCAGAGAACAGAUCAGAUUACACUAUGAGGAAAUAGAUGUGGAAAUAAGAAAGGAGCUUCAAAUAAUUCGCCAAACAGUUCUUAACAAAAUUGACCAAGUUUAUGCAGAGCUUUUUAACGCUAUGCAUGUGGAAGUACAGAUAGACUUAGAAGCCAUCAAAAAUGAAAAAUUAAAAAUGAAAAAAAAAGUAUUCCAAAUUUUUAGGCAAAAUCACAACUACCCUAACGACUUGAAUCUUCUUGAGAGCAGCUUGGCUAGCUACAAAUCAGAUGAUACGCCAGAGGGAAUUCAAAAAAAAGAGCAGCUUAACACUGAAAUUACAAAGUUAAAACAGAAAAUAGAAAAAAAUAAAAGUGAUAUAACUAAACUUAGAACCCAUUUUGCAUCUAUUUCAGAAACAUAUGAUCAGGUUCUAAUAAAAAUGGAUGCUAUAGAUCAUAUAGAAAAACGAUUCAGGCUCUUCCGAUUCGAAGUCGCCAAAGAGUACAAACAGUGUAGACACCACACCGAUGCGCUCGUGUCCCUUUCCGACAACGAUGCAGGGGAGUACAUACGAAUUGAAAACCUCACCAAAGAACUCCUCACCGAUAUAGACCAAAUAAACUACGACAUUAAUGAAACGAGAUUUCUCCUUCAUGCACUCAAAACGAAGAAGAAGCAUAUCGAAUUAGACAUACAAAUAGGUGAGAAGCUACACAAUAUGGAGCAAAAUGAAGAUAUCAACUCGAAGAAUGAAGCAAAGAAGGAAAAAUUAAAGGAGAUCAUCACCAACAUAGAAAAUGAAGAAUUGAAAUUAGAGAAGCUCUACAUCAGGAGGGAUGUUUUUAUGAAAGACCUAAAUUUCAUCAUCAGUGAUAGCCAAAAAGAUCCCCCAGAAACGGUAAAAUUCCUCUUACCAGAACUUAUAAAAAAAACAGAAAAAAAAAAUCUAGAAACAUUUAUUAUCGAAAUAAUGAUUGAAACCGAUAUUGAAAAUAAUGCACUCACCAAACUUAUUGAAACUUUUAAUAAAGACGUCCUCUUCUACAAAUACCACAUCAUCAACACAUACGAUUACUUGAAGUUACCUACGGAUGAAAAAAAUGUCGAUGAAAAAUUCUCUGCCCAAUUGGAUAGAAAUGCUAAAAUGUUUGCAGACAAAUUGGAAAGCUUCCGAGCAGAAUUAAAAAAAUAUAAACACUUGGUGAAGAAUCAGGGAGGGGUCAAACAACCAGAUGCUCUCAACUACCUUAAGAGGAACAUGGCACAUUUGAAAAACAUGAUUCAUUCUCUACGUAAUGGAACACAUAUAGAAGACUUCAGCUACAUUUUAACAAAUCCUGAUUUUUUCCAAAGUGGGGGAAUUAAAAAUGAUGACAGACAAACCGAACUAGCACACACAGCCCUGUUAAAAAAAUACACCGAUUUGAAUUACUUAGGGAAAGUACUCACAGACACACAAAACAAAGCAUUCCACUUUGGUAUACAUUAUAAGUACACAUCAGAUAAAGUACUAUGGUAUCUAGCCAUCCUGAAAAAAUAUAUUGAAAGGACAGAAAUGGUAUAUAAUAAUGCUUACGAUGCGACGAAAAAGUCAAGACUAAAAUUACCAGAGUUCAUAAAGUAUAGAGCUGACGCCGAUUUGGAACAACCAGUUCUUCUCCAAUACGGAGGAGACAUCUGGGGAGGCUCUUGGGGAUUCGCAUGGGGAGAAGCCGCCGACCAGCAAAAGUACCUCCGAGUAGUGAAGAAAGAACAAACCUAUCCCUACAAGUUGAAAGAAAUAAAGGAUGUAUACAUUGUGGACAAAAUUAUAAAAGAUAAACUGGUAAGAACAGGAAAGCUAGACUCUCUGAAGGACUACAUGCACGUGAAGGUCUACAACAUCGUCGAUGUUAAGGGCCCACCCAUGACGUUGUUUCAUAAAGAGGAGCUAAAUGAAUUAAAACUGUUGACUGCAGAUGGGCAUAUCAAUCAAGGCAGUGUGAAGAAUUAUCUGACACACUUGGGAUUCAUGUCGAAAGGGGGAGCAACCAGUGGGGAAGGACACAAUGGAGGAGGAGAGGAGCACCUACCAGCCAUUCUCCAAUCAGCAGACGAAUACCUAAAACAAAGCAAUAUCAGCUAUGAUGCCAUUUUGGAAGUAUUGAAAUAUCUGCAAGCUACUCCUAACGCGAUCAACGUACGCGAUAUCAUAACGCUCAGCGAAAUAAUUUUAGACAAUUCGAACAUCUUCUUCAUAAAGCAGGACACCCUUAGCAUCUACCUUAUAACCUUUUUACAACUCCUGGGUGUGCAGGUGAAAAUGGACGACAUACAGAAAAGAGAUAAAAAGUCUAGAGUAAUGACUUACUUGAACAUAUUGAAAAGUUACUACAAGAAAGUAGAAGUUAGGGAUGAAAUAAAAAAACAUGUGAUGCGCUUUUUGAAACCAAAUGAUAUUUUGUCAACCUUACCUUACAACCCGAAACUACAUGAGUUCCUGCUAGGUGUUCAGCAAAGCUUGGAUGGAAACCCAAUUUUGUAUGAAGCAUUUAAAAAAGAAAACCCUAAAUUUGCAACAGAGCUUUUAGCCGGAAUAAGGAAUGGGUUGGACGAUUUCGUAAAUUAUUUCUUCGCCAAGGUAGCCACGUCCAGCCCUGAAAGUUUCAAGUCCAAAUAUUAUCACGUGCAUGAAUACAAAUCAGAAGAAAUGAAACAUUUAAACAUGGGGUCAUAUAAUUUACUUAAUAUUAAUCUUGACCAAAUGAUGACAUUAUUUUUUUAUUUUGUAAAUCCGGAUCUUCGAAAUUUGCUAAACGAACAUGUGAUAAAUGCAAAGUUGUCCUGUCUAGACAAAUUCUCCACUUUCAAUUUUAAGGACAUCUUCACCAUCACAAGUCAUACUCAAUUGAAUACUCUCUUCCACGACAAAAUAGGCAAGUUUAAUUACGGACGUGCGCAGUCGCUUGUGUAUAUAUGGAGAUACUUCCUACAUCCUGAUAAUAAAGAAUUCUUUACCUAUGAAAAAGUCAGUUCUGUUGUUGAAAGGUACUUUUCAGAUAGUGUAUUUGAUGAUCACACUAAGCAGAUGCUGUCCAAAUUGGCCUACUCUUUCCUCGCCAGAUUAUCCUACCACACAGUCUCCUACUUUGAUAUUCAUAUGGAACCUCUACUAGAGAAGAGCGAUAUUGACCUAAUUUCACUCUUCCAUAAUAUAUUAAAUAAGAUGAAUUUUAUUCUAUAUUGUACUAACAGCAAACUAUACCUUGAGCGAUAUGCACCAGCAAACCUACUCUCCUACACAAGACCAUUCAAAUUAGAUGCAUUGAAAAUAUUUCACCAAUUUAUAAAUUCCCUACCACAUUACUUAAAAUCACACAUUGUUAAUUUUUUCGAAACAGACUUUGCAGAAAUAACAGAAAAUUUGAUAGUAGAUUUGUUUACACAUUUUCAAUCCCUCCUGGAAAAUAAUAGCACCUCUUUCGAAUCAGAAGACGAAAAUAAAAUUGAGUCUUUUUUCAAAUUAAAUUAUUUCUUCACUAAAAAUAAAAAUGUUGCAGAUGGAAAUUAUCAAUCCAUGUUACAAGAAAACCCACAUUUUAAGGAAGCAAAAAUACUUUUCAACAGAAGAGUCAAAUAUGAUCAUGUUAAUAAAAAAACGAUCUACCAAGAAAACCUUCAAUUAAAAGACCUCAUAGAUGAACAAUCAUUUAAAAUGCUGCUACAAAAUCUCAUCAAGGAGCAAAUAACCCUGAACGAAUUAAAUGAAAAAUUUAAAAAUUUCAUGAAUAAAAAAAAAUUCGUUUUCCCAAAAUUUGAACUCAUAAAAAGUAAAAUUACAAAAACAGCAGAUGAUCUUUUUUAUUUGAAAAUUUAUAAAUACCUGUAUGACAAAUUUCAGAAGAUCAAUGUGACACAGCCCAUCCAUGACUUAUACUUCCUCUUCUUCAAGGUCCUUCUCGAAUAUUCUGUUGCUCCGUUCAAAUUCAAGGACGAUCACGUGCAAGAACAACUCAACAUACAACUAGCACGCAAAUACCAAAAGUAUAUAGACUUCCUCUCACAACUCUUUCCUUGCCUAUUCAAUUUCUACUUCUACGAUGAUACGGUGCAGUGUCAAAAUUUUGGAAACUACAUCAGUGAGGAACAAUUCUCCCCUGAGCAAAAAAUGCUCAACAUUCUGCAGACCCCAUUUGUUCAACUCCCACAGACGGUACAAAACAAUCAAAUAAAUUUCGACUAUCACAUAAAUGAAGAGGACCUCUUCUUAGACUUUAUUAAAGAAUUCAUUCCACAAAGUGAAAAAAUGGAUCAAAAACAACUACAAGUAGAAUCAUUCAAAGUAAGAUAUUUCAUAACAGAAAUCUCAAAAUUUGUCAUUCGCACAGUUAUGUCCAAGAUGCCAUCCUCAUACCUUUUCAAUAUGGGCUACAAAGAUUUUUAUAUAAACGUGGACGAUAUAAUAAACAACCUACAGCCAUUCUUCGAACAGGUUCGCAAGACUAAAGCACCAUCAGAUCAAGUGAAUGCCUCCUACAAUGUCAUCAAUGGAACUAUAGCAAAUUUCAUGGACACAAAUAAUGAAGACGCCGCUUCUUUCCGAUUUCAAAAUAUCAAAUUUUAUCUGAACAGUCAUGUCACACAACUCUUCCUACAAAAUAAUAUGUCCUUUAAAUACUUCAUCGACUUCAUUAAAAAUAUUAAUAAAUUUAAGACCUACUUUCCAACCCUGUCCGACAUGUACGUCUUCGUGGACAAGCAUGUCAACAUCAUCAAUGCCAUUACACACCCCAACUUCACGGACCGCGCGACCACGCAACACGUCAUCCAAAUGUACGUGGACACCCUCAAAAACUUCGGCGUCGAUGUGUACGAAGUGUAG